AUGACUUCUAUUCUGUUGAAGGGAGGGAUCGUUCUUGAGCACCAGAAAGAUGAUCACAUCAUUCCACUACCAAACACGGAUGUCUUGAUCAAAGACAACAAGAUCGUCCAAAUUGAUAAGGACAUUGAACCCCCCAAGGGCGCGGAGGUAGUCGAUUGCUCAAACAAAAUAAUUUCUCCAGGCAUGAUCGAUACCCACAACCAUAUCUGGAUGACACAGCUCAAGGCUCGACAUGCAGAUCAUACGCUUCUUGAUUAUAUCUAUUCUGGAGGCCUGCAAAGCUUCAACUUUGAGCCAAGAGACAUCUACUGGGGUCAGCUUGGAGGCUGUCUCGAGUCUAUCGAUGCAGGAACGACUACUGUGGUGGACCAUGCGCAUAUGACAAACUCGCCGGAACAUGUUACCGAAGCUAUUGCGGCUACAGCGCACUCGGGCAUACGAAGUAUCUACUGUUAUUCACUUAUGGUGAGGUACAAGUCCUGGUACCCCCUGGUUCCAUACCCUGAUAUCUUGCCAACGUGGGCCUUUGAGCAACUUGAAUCCUUGGCCAAUUCUCAACCUUUCGGCGAUGGACGUGUCAGCCUUGGUUUUGGCUUCGAUAUGUGGUUCCUUCCCAAAGAUAGAAUCAUCCAGAUUUGGGACAAAGCUCGGAGUCUGGGCAUAAAGCUUUUCACAACGCACUAUUGCAAGAAUCGUAUAUUUGACUUACAAGCCGCGCCAGGCUUGCAAUCUGUUCCUGAACUUCUUAGGGACUACGGGCUACUCAAGUCCGAUAUCAUCAUUGGUCAUGGAACACAGGCUUCUGCGUCUGACGCCAAGAUCCUUUCGGAUGCCAACAUCUACGUUGCGGCAGCGCCAGAAGUUGAGGGGCACCUUUCCCUCGGACAGCCCCUCUCAUUUAGGGGUGACGUCCGAGUAACUCUUGGAGCUGACGGUCAUUUUAUAGGACCUGCAGACAUAAUGUCUCAGAUGCGCUCUGCGCUACUUCAAGCACGCCAGUGUCGGAACCAAAAGAUCCUUGAUCAAAACAAAUUCCCGCGCCACAACAUUGGCAGUUCAGAGCAAGCCUUCAACAUGGGUACCAUUGAGGGUGAAGGCGCAGAGUUUUUAGCUGCACAUGUCGUCUUCUCGCGUGACCACCCUGAGGCCGGACGAGCUGAGUAUCUUGCUGGGCUCCAAGCGAAGCUUCAGGUUCCUGACUAUAUGAGACCCGCUAUCAUCGUCGCCCUGGAUCAGUUACCUGUAACUGUGCACUCCAAGUUUGAUCGGGCAGCUGUCAAAGCUCUACCUUUGGAUGAGCCUUCUUUCACUGAGCUAGAUCUGGCCAAUGGGCGUGAGAUGACGCCAGUAGAAGCGAAGUUAGAGGAGCUUUGGCGAAGUGUGUUGCCUUUCACGCCCACAACAGCUAUUACUCCCGAGUCCAACUUUUUCCAUGUUGGUGGUAGCUCUCUACUGCUUGUCAAGCUUCAUAGACUGAUCAAGGAGAGAUUCUCGGCUGCCCCGAAGCUGGUCGAGCUGAUGAAUGCGGGAAAGCUCAGUGACAUGACUGCUAUCAUCGAAGCUACCUUGUCUACAAAGAUUGACUGGGCAGCUGAAACCGCCGUUCCCGAUACCUGGAGCGAGGAGUUUCCUAUGCCGCUAGUCAAGACAUCUCCACGAGUUCUAGGCACGGGACUAAACGUUCUACUCACAGGUGCUACUGGGUAUCUUGGUAGGCAUCUUGUGCCCGCCCUUGUUCAAUCGGUACAAAUCGCAAAGGUGUUCUGCCUUGUACGCCGCGAGUCAGAUGUCGAUUCAUUAAGAAAAGCAUCCGAGAAGAUCGUCAUCUACACAGGCGACCUCGGAGAAAUUGACCUUGGUCUCAGCAAAGACGAGUUCAGCCAGCUAUCUCGCGACUCGGAUAUCAUCCUCCACUCUGGUGCCAACCGAUCCUUCUGGGACGAUUACGAAGUGUUGCGCCCCGCAAACACCAACUCAAUCAAGGAACUUGCUCGGCUCGCUCUCUCCAGAAGAAUCCCUUUCCAUUUCAUAUCUUCCGGGUCUGUCCGCAUUUACGGGGAUAAGGAAGGUCCCAAAAUUUACAAUAUCGACCAGAGCCUACCAAGCAGUCCGACACUGCCUAACGAUGGUUCUGACGGCUAUGUGGCCUCUAAGUGGGCUGCUGAGAGAUUCCUACGGGCCGUGGCUUCGCAGCUUCAACUGCCGGUAACUAUCCAUAAGCCGAUGCCGGUUCCUGGAUACGGACCUGAUGACUCGCACGCUGAGCCCGAGUCGGAUCACAUGGUCAAUCAGCUUGUGGAUAUCACCAAAAGGCUUCAGGUGAGACCUACUAUGGAGGGCUUGCAAGGAUGGGCGGACAUUAUGGACACACAAAGUGUUGUCAAUGACAUACUAGACUCGAUCCUGCCCGAGCAGGGUGUAGAACUGCAGGAGGUUCUACACACCGCUGUCCGGCGAAUCAACUGGCAACGUUUCAUCGCAGAGCUUCACAACAAUCCUGAACUGACUUGUCUACCAAGCAAGGAUACUCUACUCUGGAUUGGCCAGGCUAAGAGAUCCGGAUACAGCUAUUUCAUGCCUGCCCACAGGCUGGUGGUUAUUAAUGACGAGGAUGAUAUGGUCUCAAGGAGAUAA